AACAAGCUCUUCUUCUGCACGAGAUACCAAUUACCCACAAAUAUUUAGAACUCCGUUGUCUGCUGGAAAUCCCCAGAGAUCAGGCUAUAAAAGUUGGACACCACAUGUAGGAUACUCAGGCACGUCCUCUGCAGUGUCUGCACACGCCCCGUCAGUCAUCGUAGCCGUGGUGGAAGGAAGAGGGCUGGCCAGAGGCGAGGUCGGGAUGGCGAGCAUCGACUUGAAGAGCCCGCAGAUUAUCUUGUCGCAGUUCGCAGACAACACGACGUAUGCAAAGGUGAUCACUAAGCUCAAAGUUUUAUCACCUUUGGAAAUUAUAAUGUCAAAUACUGCUUGUGUUGUGGGAAAUUCAACCAAGUUGUUUACGCUGGUCACAGAAAAUUUCAAGAACGUUAAUUUCACUACAGUCCAAAGGAAAUACUUCAAUGAAACAAAGGGCUUAGAGUACAUUGAACAGUUGUGCAUCGCCGAGUUCAGCUCCGUCCUGAUGGAGGUUCAGUCCAGGUAUUACUGCCUCGCAGCUGCUGCAGCCUUAUUAAAAUAUGUUGAAUUCAUUCAAAAUUCAGUUUAUGCACCAAAAUCACUGAAGAUUUAUUUCCAAGGCAGUGAACAGACAGCCAUGAUAGAUUCAUCAUCAGCUCAGAACCUUGAAUUACUUGUUAAUAACCAGGACUACAGGAACAAUCACACUCUCUUUGGUGUUCUAAAUUACACAAAGACGGCAGGAGGGAGCAGAAGGCUGCGCUCUAACAUCCUGGAGCCCCUGGUUGAUGUGGAGACCAUCAACAUGAGGUUGGACUGUGUCCAGGAGCUGCUUCAGGACGAGGAGCUCUUCUUUGGGCUCCAGUCAGUCAUUUCAAGAUUCCUGGAUACGGAGCAGCUGCUUUCUGUUUUAGUUCAAAUCCCAAAGCAAGACACGGUUAAUGCAGCUGAAUCAAAGAUAACAAAUUUGAUCUACCUGAAGCAUACUUUGGAACUUGUGGAUCCUUUAAAGGCCACCUUGAAGAACUGUAGCACACCCUUGCUAAGAGCUUACUAUGGCUCGUUGGAAGAUAACAGGUUUGGGCUAAUACUUGACAAGAUUAGAACAGUGAUAAAUGAUGACGCACGGUACACGAAAGGCUGCCUGAACAUGCGCACUCAGAAGUGCUAUGCAGUGCGCUCCAACAUCAGUGAGUUCCUAGACAUAGCUCGGAGGACAUACACAGAGAUAGUGGAUGACAUAGCAGGAAUGAUAUCACAGCUUGCAGAGAAAUACGGCCUUCCAUUACGCACCAGCUUCAGCUCUGCCCGGGGCUUUUUCAUCCAGAUGACCACAGACUGUGCUGCGCUCUCGAGCGACCAGCUUCCCUCGGAGUUUAUUAAGAUUUCUAAAAUGAAAAACUCAUACAGCUUUACAUCAGCAGAUUUAAUUAAAAUGAAUGAAAGAUGCCAAGAGUCUUUGCGAGAAAUCUAUCACAUGACUUACAUGAUAGUGUGCAAGCUGCUUAGUGAGAUUUAUGAGUACAUCCAUUGCUUGUACAAGCUCUCUGACACUGUGUCCAUGCUGGAUAUGCUGCUGUCUUUUGCUCACGCCUGUACUCUUUCUGACUAUGUCCGACCAGAGUUUACUGACACUUUAGCAAUCAAACAAGGAUGGCAUCCCAUUCUUGAAAAAAUAUCUGCAGAGAAACCUGUCGCAAACAAUACAUAUAUUACAGAAGGGAGUAAUGUUCUGAUCAUAACUGGACCGAAUAUGAGCGGAAAGUCCACGUAUUUAAAACAGAUUGCUCUUUGUCAGAUCAUGGCCCAGAUUGGCUCGUAUGUUCCAGCAGAAUAUGCCUCCUUUAGGAUUGCUGAGCAGAUCUUUACGAGAAUCAGCACUGAUGAUGAUAUUGAAACAAAUUCAUCAACAUUUAUGAAAGAAAUGAAAGAGAUAGCGUAUAUUCUGCAUAAUGCUAAUGACAAGUCACUCAUAUUAAUUGAUGAGCUUGGCAGAGGCACUAAUACAGAAGAAGGCAUUGGAGUCUCUUACGCAGUCUGUGAGCAUCUGCUGAGCAUAAAGGCAUUCACACUCUUCACAACCCACUUCCUGGAGCUGUGUCACAUAGAUGCCCUGUAUCUGAAUGUAGAAAACAUGCAUUUUGAAGUUCAGCAUGUAAAGAAUACCUCAAGAAAUAAAGAUGCAAUUUUGUAUACGUACAAACUUUCCAGGGGACUCACAGAAGAAAAGAACUAUGGAUUAAAAGCUGCAGAGGCCUCCUCACUUCCACCAUCGAUUGUCUUGGAUGCCAGAGAGAUCACAACACAAAUUACAAAGCAAAUUUUGCAAAAUCAAAGGAGCUCCCCAGAAAUGGACAGGUGGAGAGGUGUAUACCAUCUUGCCACGAGGCUUGUCCAGACUGCUCGAAACUCUCAACUGGAACCAGAUAGGCUGCGGACAUACCUGAGUAAUCUCAAGAAGAAGUAUGAAGAGGACCAGACCAGGGCUGCGGACGACCUUCCUGAGGGGACUGAGGAGUAGCAGCUCACCGCUUACACAGUGCCUAUGUCGCAGUUGCUCAGUGUGCUAUUUUAAUUGAAAAUUACAGUAUAUUAACUUCAGAAUUUUUACCUAUGCACCCUAGAUGGAUAAUAUUCAUUAGAAUACCUUUAAAAGUGACAGGUCUUGAAGAAAAGGUUUUUGGUUUUUUUACUUUAUUUACUUUUUUGUUUGUUUUUCAAGACAGGGUUUCUCUGUUUAGCCCUGGCUGUCCUAGAACUCACUCUGUAGACCAAACUGGCCAUGUUUCUGCCUCCCAAGUGCUGGGAUUAAAGGCAUGUGCCACCAACACUGGGUAAAAGGAAAGUUUUUGUCAGAAAACUCAUUCACUAGUUUUCAUUUGUGACCUCCCACAUUAAGUGUACACUUAGAAGUUACAGUUCAGAGUAGAGACAAAAAUGUCUUCAGUGACUUGCUGCUCUUUCUGCUUUUAAUUUUGACCACUCUUUUUACAAAAGGCAACAGAGAGACAGCACUGCUCUGCCUCCUUUGUGUGUUCCCAGGGAACAUUUUUUUUCUUAAGAAAAUAAAUUUUAUUUAUUUCAGGCCAGCAGGAUGAUUCAUUGGUAAAGGCACUUCUGCCAACCCAGACAACCUGAGUUCAGUUGCUGGAACCCAUAUGGUGAAGUGAAGUCUGCUCCCUCGGGCUGUCCGCUAACUCCACAUCCACCCCGUGCUUUAUAUGCAUGUGUGCAGACAUUGUUUUUAAUAUCUAGCACAGUGCAAGCGAUGUAGGAACACAUACCGAGGAAACAAGAAAGAUGUACACACUCAACCGGGAUCCUUCUGUAUAACAGUGUCUGCACAGGCAUGUGGCUUCCACAGCACGUCAGUUUUCAAAGGUCAUUGUUAUCUUGUAAAAGAGCAAACCAGCCAGUCAUUUAUUUCUUCACUGGAAGGGCUCUUUUCUUCACCACCACCUCACUUUACAGUCCCACUUCAGUGGGAUUGCUCCUGCAGUCAGAGUUCACAGAUCUGCCCUGUAGACUUCUUUUUCUUAAACAACCAAGUACCUGGAACUUGAGUGCACAUUGACCCGUUGGUUUAGUAGUUGCAAUCUUCAUAAGGGUUUGGCCAGCAGAAUUAUUCACAGACUGCUUAUGCUGUGGUUUCUUUGUUUGUGUGUGUGUGUGCUUGUGUCUGUAUGAGUGUGUGCCGCAUGUAUGCGGCUUCUGCAGAGGCUGGAAGAGGGCAUUGGAUCCCCUUGAGCUCGAGUUAGCAGGUGCCUGUGAACUCCCGUGUGGUGCUAGGAUUCUAACUCAGUACCUCUGGAUUAGCAAGAAGCACUCUGAACAGCUGAGCCAUCUUCCCAGCAUUCCUAUAGUUUCUACUAUGUGGAUAUUUUACAGUAUUUAUUGGUUAUAUAUUUUGACUUCAUUAAGCUUAGUUCAGUAUUGAAACUUUAAUAGCCAGAUAUAUUAAAGAAGUCAUAAUUCAAAUGAUAUGCAGAUGUUUUGAAGUAAAUUACCACUAUUGUGCAUGUGUUAUAUACAAUAUCUUGUUUAAUUACUUGCAUAUUUCCUAUUUCUCUGUCUUUGAAAGAGAGUAUCAAUAUAUUUGAACUUUACCAUUAAUUGCAUUUUAAUUAAUAUUUGCAAUGUAUUUUAUGUACACUUUCCUAAAACCAGAUGAUCUGGGUUUGCGGUGGCUUUGUAAGGGAGCACUGGAGAGGGAUGGGUGUUAGCAGAGAGAGGACAGGAGAGGCAGCACAGGAAUGGGCGGUGAGGGGGACGUGGUCCAGCGGUAGGUGAAAUAGCAGACAUUCUCCAGGCUGUUUAACCUCGGUUAAAUCCCACUAAACAGCUAAGAAUUUUUCGUCAUUUAAAGCUUUUGCUGCAAAACUUUCAGCCAACUAAUCAAUCCAUUUUAUUUUUAUGUAGAUAUUUAAAUAAAAAUAAUUUUGUUAUUUCUUAAAAUUACAUUUUCAUAAGCUAUUUUGCGUGUGGCAGAAACAUACCACAAAGCAAGUGAAGUGAAGACCAUUACAACAUCACAUGUACAGCUAAUACCAGGAAACAGUUCCUUCUUGGUUUGAAGGUUUCUGUCUUUGCUAUUUUCUGUGGCUUCCUUCUAUGGUAUAGAUAAGUACCCUACAGUCCAGCCUGUCACUGUAACUGCCCACAAUGUCUUGGCAAGCCACUUGUGAUAUUUUGAAUGGGAAAUGUCCCCCAUAGGCUCCUGCACUGCACACUUGGUCCCUGGUUGUUGGCACUGCUGGGGAUGUGGAGCUGCUAGAGAAGUGUGACACAGGCUGGACCUUACAUGUUAGAGCCUGCCCUGCCUCAUUUUGCUGCUUGUGUGGGUUGAAAGUGAUCUGUCAGUGCCUUCCGUACCAUUGUGGACAUGUAGCCUCUCUGGAACUGUACGCCAAAAUAAACCCUUCCUUAAGUUGU